AUGGCUUUCAACCUUGUUAAAGGAGUCAUUUUCUUCUUUCUAACCGGACUUGGCACGGUGAUGAACAUCUCUGUUUUUAUGAAUUAUAUAUGCAUCAUUGGAAGCACUGAGAAGAAAUCUAUGCACCUUAUUCUCAUCCAUUUGGUUUUUACAAAUACCAUACUGCUUCUUUCCAAGGGAAUUCCAAGGACAAUAGCAACUUUUGGCUUGAGAAACUUCCUGGACAACAUAGGUUGUAAGAUUGUUGUUUACCUGGAGCGGGUGGCCCGGGGCCUCUCCAUCUGCACCAGCAGUCUCCUCACUGUGGUUCAGGCCAUCACCAUUAGUCCCAGACAUUGUGGAUGGAGGAAGCUCAACCCCAAAUCAGCAUGGCACAUUUUUUCCUUGUUUCUACUAUUUUGGAUUCUGAAUUCCUUGAUAAGCAUAAACUUGUUCUAUAUCAUCACAAAUAUCAACCUGAACUCAUCAAAAACAGGUGAAAAUGACUCCUAUUGUUUUCUACCAAGAAGCCAGAAAAUUAACUGGAUUUUUCUCACUCUCUUCACCCUGAGAGACACCAUGUGUCAGGGUGUCAUGGGUGGAUCUAGUGUCUACAUGGUGUUUCUUCUCCACAGGCACCAUCAGCGUGUUCUCCACCUGCAGCUCUCCAAGUUCCUCUACAAAACUCCACCUGAGGUCAAAGCUGCUCAAAGUGUUCUUCUUCUGAUGUUUUCUUUUCUUUUUUUUUAUUGGACAGAUUGUUUCCUAUCUUUAUAUUUAAUUUUCGCCUUCAAGAAUGAAUCCAUAACAAACAAUCUUCAAGAAUUUCUGAUACUUGGUUAUGCAAUACUCAGCCCAUUUGUGCUGAUUCACAGAUAUGAACACCGGAGUAAAUGCUGGCAUGCUUAA